AUGACGGAUACAGUUGUCGCGGAGGGACAAGUCAAGUUUAGAGAUGGAAAAAAGUGGAAGACUCGGUGGGUCGUGCUUCGGAAGCCCUCUCCGGUCGCAGACUGUCUGUCUCUGCUGGUGUAUAAGGAGAGGAAGAAGGGGAAGGAGAAGGGCAGCGGCCACAAGGAGAGGCUCAAUGUUACACUGGAGGGGAUCUGCGGUGUAGAGCCAGGGCCCGGGUAUGACGGCGUAUCCUACACUCUCUCCAUCCUCUGCCUCGCGCACAUGCUGGUCCUGGGCUUCAACAGCCGAGACACCCUGCUGGCCUGGGAUGCCCGCAUCCGCUACAGCCUGGGAGAAGUCCACAGGUUCAGUGUCAAUGUCGAACCGGGCACCAAGCUGGAAAGCGGCCCCGCCUCCCUCCACCUGUGCAACAACCUGUUGGUCCUCACCAGAGGUCUCCCUCCUGUGGUCAUUGGCCACUGGAAGUUGUCUGCGUUGCGUCGAUAUGGUGCUGUGCCGAAUGGGUUCGUGUUCGAGGGGGGGACUCGCUGUGGAUACUGGGCUGGUGUUUUCUUCUUGUCCUGUUCAGAAGGAGAGCAGAUCAGUUUCCUGUUUGACUGCAUGGUCAGGGGCAUCACCCCCAGCAGGGCCCCGCAUGGCCUGCGACCUUCCCUGCCAGAUCCCAAUGCUGACCCAGCUUCAGCAGAGGAGCGAAUCAGCCAGGAGGCAUCAGAGCUGGAGAAGAGACUCAGCAUGUUGUCUCACUGCAGCCUCGCGAGCAGCACAGCCUCCACUUACAGCUGCAGCACAUCUGUUGCCGGGGACGACCGCAGCAGCAUCUCCAGCUCGUCCUCCAGCCAAUCAGACACGAGCUAUGGAAGCAGACUUCCGUUUAGGGUGGAGCCGUUAGCUAGACCACACCUCUCCAACGAGACAGCUUCCAGUUCCUCCACGGUGAAGGCCUUGGCCAGUUCAGAUGAUCGGCUUUACGCUGCUGUGAUGGGAGGUGCUGGGAUUCGCCCAUCCUCUGCCCAACCCCAUCCUCGUGGUCUCCAUGACAGCGGACGGCAGAGCUCCUUAGACAGUGGGAUUGGGAUAGCGACAGGCAGCCAGUCGUCUUACUCAGGGAGCUGCUCCUCGUGUACAGGGAGUCUGGACACGGCCAGCCAGGGAGGAGGGGAGGAGUUUGGCUCUGUGGCUAGCCUACCUGUUCCUCCUCCUCCUUCUUCACCUCUCUCUAUUCUUCCCCCCUCUUCUCCUCCUCCUCCUCCUCCUUCUCCUUCUCAGUCCACACUCACCCCAGAACACAGUUCUGCUGCCUCCAAAUCCAGCUCAUGUGCAUCUGGUCGGCACAGUGAGGAGUACCAGAUCCCCAGCCUGCUCAGACUACGCUAUGAUACCCCCAGGAGUCUCCUCCAGACUCUGUCCCUGAGGGAAACCUCAGCCCAUGGAGCACUACCUGAGCUGGGCAGAGUCAGCAGGAACAGUGGGGAUGGAGAGGGUAGUCAGGGGUUGUGCAGCAGCCCCACAGGACCGAGGGCUCAGCAUCAGGACAUGAUGCAGCUUGCGCAUUCCUGGGGCGGUGAGAGGGCGCCCUCUGUGGACAGCGAGGGGAGGUCCACAGCCAGACCCCCGAUGGUGCCCGGAGGCCUGGUUUGUGAAGAAACACAGUGCAAUGAUGGUUUGGACAACUACAUUACACCGGAGCAGUGGCGGUCAGCGAGGAACAGAUGCUUGACUCAGGUUCCCAACUCACCGGCAUCGGGCCUCUCACCUUCUGCAGAUACAAGAGAUCCUCCUCUCUGUGUCAGAGAGGAACACGACGACAGUGUGGAUGUUGGUAAUAAGUUGGCAGGUCUGAAGAAGUCGUUGCCCUCUCGGCCUCCCUCUGCCCCUCCACCUCUGCCUACCACACUGAGCAUGUAUAGGCCAACAUCAGCCGGUGGUUUGUUCCAGUCUCCCCAUGAAGCUCCUGCCUCUGUGUUCCUGGACGCUGGGCUCCACAGUGACAGCACUAUUAAUUAUGUCAACAUCCCAAUUAGCCCCCUGCCGGCUAAAACUAACAGAGAGCUCCUGUACACAGAGCUGGACCUGCAUGAGGCCGGCUCAGCCCCAGUCUCCAGUCUGCAUAAAGAGGGCUCCGUCAGGUACGCCCACCUCGACAUCACUGCCAUGGAAACGGCUCACAGAGUGGGGGCGGAGCAUGUUCAGGGCAGGGAGGACAGACUGACUCAGCUGGAGAACAGGCGGCGAGGGCCACCGCACUGACUCUGCAACGCUCAACUUGAUAACACUUUAGAAUAGUUUUCAUUCUCUCCAUCUCUCUGAAUAAGCUAAAAUGCAGUUGAUCAUCAUACUUAAACACACACACACACACACACACACACAUAGUUGUGCCAGUGUGCAGAAAUUCCCGCAAACAAUCCAUUCCACUGAAAAGAAGAAAAUAGGAAAUGUCUGGGAAGGCUCUUAUGCAGCUGCCAUCAUGGAUGUGUUUUGUUUAUAUGUUGUAAUUUCUCAUAUAGUUAGAUUUUAAUUAGUGUUGCCCUUUUACACUAGACAUGUUUCUUUUUGUUAGCUGCAUGGCACUUAAGUACGCUGAGGCAACUGGGGACGGAGGAACUUUUCUCUAUGUGCCUCUUUUAAGAUUCUGGCUGGAUGACUGUUGAACAUUGGUAUAAAAUGGCAUAAAAUGGCCUAAAUUAUGAGGAAAUGACACCAGAACUAAUGUUUACCACUGAUAUUACAGAUGGGAGACAGAUAAACAGCAGUUGUCGCUCUAGAUUUACCUUCUUCAGACUGUUUGGGUGUGGCUGUAUUUGUUGUUACCUCUCUUUCUAAGAGUUUCCAACUUAAAUUCAUAUUAUUUAUCACAGGUUUGGUGUAUAGCAUGAUCACAUAAUGAGAUAAAGCCCUUCUCAUCGCACUGUCACCUUACAAUCAACUGCUAAGAGUCCCAGCUUGCUUGGCAAUCAUUCCACAUAAGAUCUUAAAAGCAUUCGACUGAAAUAAGCAGCUUAGAGAUAUAUCUCGGGUGAAAAUUACAUUAAUCCAGGCCCAUGUGGCCUGAGCAGGACAUGACUGCGUAAUAAGCCAGCAGGUAACAUUAUUCAUCACAGCAAUCAAUGUCUCUGCUUCUGGUCUGUGAGAGGGCAAGAAUUGAUGAAUGAAAAAGCGCAGUGUGUUCCAAUUUCUCACCUCCCUCUUGAUAUCAUGAGGACAAAUCGUCCACUAUUUGACGAUAAUCUGUUUUUAUGGUGGAGGUUCCCCAACGGUGUCUGAGGAGGAGAUGAGGAUUAAUAAAACAACGCGAGAAUGACGCAUAAGAAAUUUUUACCAAGAACAGCGCGUUGAUGUUUCCACAGGAACUGGUUUUGUCUACAACAUGUGUAAAUAGUCACUGCUUUUAUUUAUGCCAAGAC